AUGGCCGACGAGGGUGAUGAGGAGGCAAUAAUUGAUGAGCCGGGAGAACCCGAGCCACUGGAAAGACAACAGAGUGGAUUAGCGACACCAAAACUGGUGGAGGAUUUAGAAGAAGAGUAUCCAGAGAAUUAUGAGCAACGAGGUCCGACGAGUCGGUUUUUGGUCACACCACAUCUUCCGAUGCGGAGUGAUACGGACCUCAUCACAAAUACCACCAUUCAUGCAGACACGCCACUGGAAAAUCAUCCAUUGAUAUACUCGGAGCCCGAGUUUUCGACUGCCAAAUUUUUAACACCACAAGUGAGCAUGCAGACGGUGGAUCCAGAAACGGCAAGUGUUGCGCCAAGUGAGACGUCAAUAAAUGCAGAUAAUUCCAGAAAGCCAUCAAAUGCUCGUUUAAAAUCAGAAAUGGAGAUUCGAAAUCAACAUUAUCAGAAACAAAAGCAAUACGCUUCGCAGCAGGAACCAAAGGCGAAACGACUAACGGAUAUUGAUUUUGAAGGUUUGCAUUUUAGUAUCCUCCAACUGAUCGGAGGAUGCUCGUAUUGGCAGAUUAUAAUUUAUCUUAUCAUAUCAGUACAACAAGUGCCACAUGCGAUGUUCAAUUUGUCUGUUGUUUACAUGAUGUAUCAGCCUGAUCAUUGGUGCAAGAGCCAACCGAGUCGAAGUUUUCAGAUCCCCUUCUUCAACGACGAAUCCUUCUCCGCCGAACUCGGCUACACCAACUACACCUGGGAUCAAGUCCUUAAUUCGACCAUCGCAUUCCCUAGAACUUUCAACAAGCAACGCAAUGAACUACACCACGACCAGUGUCACUACUUUGCGCGCGAUUAUGUGCAUAUCAAAUUGUCCCCGUGGUCACAGGUGAAAGACAUGAAUGGCACGGGCAGAAUAAUGCGAUGUAAGGAGUGGGAGUACGAUCGAUCGGUGAUGGAUCGUACUGUAGUAACUGAAUGGAAUCGAGUGUGUGACAAUAAUUGGAGUCGAGCCCAUGUUCACAUGAGUUACUCAUUGGGAUAUCUUGUUGGGUGUUUUGUGGGUGGAUAUUUUAGUGACAGAUGCGGCCGAAAAUCCGCCAUCACAUUGUUCGGAGUUCUCACCAUGCUCUUUGGAUUCCUGCUCACCUACUCCAAAGAGUUCGAAAUCUUUCUCGUAGUUCGUUUCCUGCUCGCCGCCACCAAUGAAGCAGCCGAUCUUGCCGCCUACGUGCUAUGCAUGGAAGUCACAGGUACCAAGUACAGAUCCAUCGUCGGAUCUCUCAUCCAAGCUCCCUGGGCUUGUGGAUACGCAUUUCUUGCCCUAAUCGCAUACCUAACCAAGUCAUGGACCACUAUUCACCUCAUAUGUGUACUCCUUCAUAUCUGUAGCCUUUGCCUACUGUACUUCUUGCCCGAGUCCCCCCGCUGGUUAAUUUUGAAUAACAAGACUAAAAAAGCCGAAAAAAUCAUUCGUCAAGCUUGCCACUACAACAACAGCCGUCUACCAAGUGACCUGGGGCUGGUCCGACAUGCAGAGAAGAAGAAAUGGAUGAAACAUAAUGAAAAACCAUCUUACUUCCAUCUUUUCCGGUCAUCAGAGCUUAGAUUCAGAAACGUGGUGUUGUUUAUUGUUUGGAUUGCCACUGCUCUAGUAUACUACGGAAUGGUCAUUGCUCUUUCGGAUCAGUCCUCGCCAGGAAGGCGCGUUUUUGAUGGUAAUUUCUUCCUGAACAAUGCGAUGGCUGGGGCUAUCGAGCUUCCAACGCUGGUUUUCUGUGUAUUCUUGCUCAGGAUGGGAAGGAAACGUUCUCAAAUGGCAGCCUUAUUCGGGUCUGGAAUCCUCCUGCUCAUUUCUGUUUUUAUGGUCUAUAACAAGAAGUCCACUCUCGCUCUAAUUUUCAUGCUGCUCAGUAAGGCUUGCAUUCAAGGAUCCUUCAAUAUCCUUUACAUCUUUACAUCUGAACUGAAUCCAACGGUCGUGAGAAACAGUGCCGUCGGAAUUUCAUCAAUGAUUGCUAGGAUGGGAGCCGGAGCAUCGGGAUACAUCGCCAUCUUAUCGGACGUCACCAUGCCUUUGGUCCCAAUGACCAUUUUUGCUUGUUUCUCUCUUCUGGCGGGUUGUUUGGUGCUUUUACUCCCCGAAACACAAGGAUUACCACUUCCAGAUACUAUUUUGGAUUCUGUAAAUAUGGUCAAACGGAAACCCAAACCGUGUGGCACACUAUCAGGAACUUUCUUAAAUGCCGUUGACGAUGAUCCACAACCAUAUGGAGCAGAAUUGUACAGAAAAUCGACGACGGACGACGACGAGGAGUCAGACGAAUCCAUUCCACAGAAAACUGCGUAA